ACUCGUACCAUGGACUCCUAGUGGAACCCUUCCUACCAGAAGCUGCUGAAAUUCUGAUGGCUCCAAUUGACCCUCUUGACAUUGAAAUGAAACCAGACAGCCUCAUUUACCUUUUUGAAAUUAAAUGUCAAAUAAACUCUUCGGUCCCGGAGGUUGGGGUCUGACGUCGGCCCAAAGGUGGUCAGUCGCGAAUAUGCUCUUUUGUGCUCAAGAAGCGGUUGCGCGAGGCGAGCAAGAAUAAUGGCGUUCCCGCCGCCAUAGAGGCUUACAAGAGCAACACACUUAUGCGCCGUUGCAAAGAUCUAGGGUGGCGAGCAAACUUUGGUGAAUGGUCCACUCAUGACCAAAAUUGCGGAUGUGUGGAAGUUUUUGUGGAGCAUGGCCCGACAAAGCGGAACCAGGGAUGCGGAUAACAUUCUUUGGAGUCGCAUCGAUUAUUUGGACGUCACUGACAUCACAACUCGAUGGGUUAUUUAGAAGGCACCAGCCCAGUCAUUUCGGCUUGACGGUCCGAUUCUUCAAAAUCGGGGCUCUUUCGCGGGUGGAAAGCGUGCCACUUUACCAUUAGUCUGGCAGCUAACUGCUCCCUGGCCGGGCCAUGGAGCCCCCCGGGGGGUUGAUGAGUUGCUCUCUUCCUGUGUUCUGCUUCAUAUUCGCGAAUACGAUUAACAAAAGUAUCCCUGACCAACAAAAGUAGUGCUGUCUUCCUUGCUAAAUACGCAAUGGUAUCUACCGUAAAUUUCACCUACCUAAAUUUGGU